CGAUCACAUAAAUCGUGAGACUCCUAAUAAAAGUGGAUGGAUGAUUAUACUGUAUACAUUUGGCACAUACAUUAGUAGUGCCUAUAUAUAUAUAUAUAUUAGACACACAAAACAAGGCCAAGGAGAAGAAGCCACAUAGAUAAAAUUAAGGUUGAGGUAGGAAGGUUCUUGAUGUUGUAGAGAGAGUAAAUUUUGUGUUAAUAAUAUAUUUUUCAGUGUAAGUUUGUGUCUGAGGUCAAAUGGCUGUGGUUGGUCAUGUGUCUGUGAUUUUGAAGCUUCUUCUCUCUUUACUUGUAUGUCAUCUCCACUUCACUACUCUCACUCAAGCAGGAGAAGGGAGAUGGGAAGAUAAAUACCCAUUCAUAAGAGAAGCAAGUACAUUUUCAACAUUAUCAUAUUCUACAAACAAGGGUUAUUAUGACUAUAUAAUAGUAGGAGGCGGCACAGCUGGUUGUCCUUUAGCAGCCACAUUGUCACAGAAAUUUAGAGUCUUAUUGGUUGAAAGAGGUGGAGUUCCAUUUGCAAAUGCAAAUGUGUCCUUCAUGCAAAAUUUCCAUAUCUCUCUUGCUGACACUUCAUCUACUUCCGCUUCACAAUUCUUCGUUUCUACCGAUGGCGUUUUUAAUUCAAGAGCUAGAAUUUUGGGUGGCGGCACUUGUAUUAAUGCCGGCUUUUACACUCGCGCUGGUCCAAGUUACAUCCAGAAAGUAGGUUGGGAUUCUAAAUUGGUGAAUGAAUCAUAUCCUUGGAUUGAGAAACAAAUUGUUCAUAGACCAAACUUGGCUCCAUGGCAAGAAGCAGUAAGGGAAAGUCUUCUUGAAAUUGGUAUCUCACCUUUCAAUGGAUUCACUUAUGAUCACAUCUAUGGAACCAAGGUUGGUGGGACCAUAUUCGACCGUUUCGGACGUCGUCACUCUGCUGCUGAACUACUUGCCUCUGCUAAUCCUAAGAAGCUGGAUGUGUUGGUGCAUGCUAUAGUUCAAAAGAUUGACUUUGAUACAUCAGGAAAGAAGCCAAGAGCAGUGGGAGUCAUUUUCAAAGAUGAAAAUGGGAAACAACACAAGGCAUAUCUUUCAACGAGGAAGGGAAGUGAGAUUAUAGUGUCAUCUGGUGCAAUUGGGAGCCCUCACAUUCUGAUGCUUAGUGGAAUUGGACCAAAGGCCGAAUUGGAAAAGUUGAACAUCCCAGUGGUUCUUGACAAUAAGUUCGUUGGUCAAGGCAUGUCAGACAACCCCUUAAACACGAUCUUCGUCCCCACAAAUAGGCCCGUUGAACAGUCACUGAUUCAGACCGUAGGGAUUACUAAAAAGGGAGUCUAUAUUGAAGCUAGUAGUGGAUUUGGACAGUCUGGAGAUAGCAUUAGUUGCCAUCAUGGAGUCGUUUCUGCUGAGAUUGGGCAACUGUCCACCAUUCCUCCAAAGCAGAGAACACUUGAAGCAAUUGAAGCAUAUCGAAGAAGCAAGAAAAACAUACCACACGAGGCGUUCAGAGGAGGUUUCAUCUUAGAAAAGAUAGCAUUACCUUUGUCAAGAGGGAACAUUAGCCUGGUGACUACCAAUCCUGACGACAACCCUUCCAUCACCUUCAACUACUUCAGCCAUCCACGUGAUCUAAAACGAUGUGUAGAUGGAAUACGCAUUGUGGAGAAGAUCGCGAAAUCUAAACACUUCACCAACUUCACACAGUGUGACAAAGAGACAUUAGAUAGGCUGCUUAACAUGAGCAUCCAAGCUAAUGUUAAUCUCAUACCAAAACACACUCAUAACACAGAGUCCUUAGAACAGUUCUGCAAAGACACUGUGAUCACAAUAUGGCAUUACCAUGGCGGAUGUCAAGUUGGAAAUGUGAUCGCCCCCGAUCACAAGGUUCUUGGUGUCCAUAGGCUCCGUGUCAUCGAUGGUUCCACAUUCAAAGAGUCGCCAGGUACAAAUCCUCAAGCCACAGUGAUGAUGAUGGGCAGGUACAUGGGAGUGAAGAUUCUAAGAGAGAGAUUAGGAAGAGCAGCUGGUUUGUAAAGACUUACACAACUUUGAAGUAGAAGAAGAUUAGACCCAUUCUUUUAGUUUGUUUUGUUGAGGGGGUGUUGAAUCAAGUGGAAAGAAUUUGCUGCUGCUUCUUUUUUAACCAAAGACUCUAGGUUUUUACCAUUCUAAUUCUUAGCAAGCAUGUGUAGUCUGUCAAGAUUGGCUUGCCAUUGAAAAAAAAAGUGUGUAUGUGUGUGUAUGGGGUUGGAAUUGGAACUUUAUGUGCUGUUGUGUUCACAUUGUAAUGUGUAUGAGUAUGACGUUCAUGCUUAAUUAUUAUUUAACCUUGCAUCUA